CCUGUGACGGCCAUUUUAUAGGACGCUCGAUGUCUACGUACAUUUAAGGACUAGUUUAUGGCGCAGUCGUGUUAUCAUAUUAACAGAGUAUCGAAAAUGUCUAUAUAAUUUGAUUGACCAAUCUUGGUCCUGGGUUCCUGGGUCAUUAGUAAUAAUAGGAGAAACAAGGACUAAUUUAUAAAAUCAUCUCAAAGUUUAGUGUCAGCCGGUUUCUCGACUAUGAUAAAGGAAGACAAUCAGCCGCAAAAUAACGAUGACAGAGACAGAAGCAGAGAACGCGACCGCAACCGAAGAUCGGAUAGGCCGAAUCGUCUGAAUUCCGCUACUCGCGAUCGCAGCAGGGAAAGGAAUGAACGUGGCAGGAAAGCUUCCGACAGACGGAUCUAUGUAUCCAAUAUUCCUUAUGAUUUCCGCUGGCAGGAUCUCAAGGAUCUGUUCAGGACAGAAGUCGGGAAAGUAGCACAUGUGGAGCUCUUCACUGACGAAAAUGAUAAGCCCAGAGGAUGUGGGAUAGUGGAGUUUGAAGAGUCAGACUCUGUCAAGAUAGCUGUUGAGAAAAUGCAUCGGUAUGACAUCAAAGGCAGAAAACUUGUUGUCAAAGAAGAUUUCGACGUUGAACGCGAUAAGUAUGGACGUUUGACAACAGGUCGUAACAACGAUAGAACUCGCGAUGACAGAUUCAGAGAUUCUCCCAGACAGCAAGGAGGUGGACGACAAAACAUGUCUACGCCUAGCGGCGGCGGUGUUGGCGGCGGCGGCGGCGGCGGCGGCGGCGGUGGCGGCGGCGGCAGUGGUGGUGUUGGCGGAGGCGGUGGCGGGGGUGGCGGUGGCGGCGGCGAUAAUAAAUUCGGGAAUACAUAUGGUCUUAGCACACAGUUCUUAGAGUCUUUGGGCAUCAACGGUCCAUUAGUCACUAGAGUCUUUGUCGCUAAUCUGGACUACAAGGUCGACGAAAAGAAAUUGCUUGAGGUAUUCAAGUUGGCGGGCAAAGUGUUGCAUGUCGAAUUGGGGAAAGAUAAGGACGGCAAAUCGAGAGGCUUCGGGGUCGUGGAAUAUGAUCACCCGGUAGAAUCGGUCCAAGCGAUAUCGAUGUUACAUAAUCAACAACUGUUCGAUAGACGCAUGACUGUGAGACUUGAUAGAGCUAACGAGCCGGAUAUGCCUCCUAAAUUACCGGAAGGCUUGAAGGGCAUCGGUAUGGGUCUUGGAGCUGGUGGCAACAGAUUGUUGGACGUGGCUCGAAACAUUCCCAAUGUGCAAGCGAACAACCCACCAGUGGUGAAUCCAAUUUCGGCGCCAGUUCUGGCGGCUGGUGCUUUCGGAGCCAGCUUGAAUAACGUCGUGCCAGCACAGCUGGCGUCAGCACUCUCAAAUACUAACGCAGCGGCUUUACAAGCCAGUCUAGCUGGUGGCCUGGGAGCCAAUCUCACUACUAGUUCGUUGCUCAACUCUUCGUUGACCAAUGAAUUGGCAUCGAAUCUGAACAACUUCGGCGGUGGCGUGGGUGGAUUGAGCGGACUUCAAGCAUCUUUAGCUGGCGGACAAGGCAAUAACUCAUUUGCGCCACGUGGUUUGUCUAAAUUAGACAGUGACAUAGGCUUCGGCGGCAACAACGCCUUUGGGAGCUCCAAUUUCGGAGGCGGCAGAGACUUUGACGGCGGAUUCAACAGAGGUGACGGUGAUCGUGUCUCCGCUGGCGGUGGAUUCUCUGGAAACCAGAGCCAAACCGGGGGCGGCAAUCGACAGAACUCCAACGGUUCACGCUCGAUGUCGGACACCAUUCUCAUCUGUAAUUUACCUCCAAACACGACAUGGCAGAUGUUGCGCGACAAGUUCCAGGACGCGGGAGAAGUAAAGUUUGCGGAAAUGAGAGGCACUGAUAUGGGCAUGGUACGGUUUGCAUCCGAUUGGGAUGCUGAGCGUGCAGUGACUAUGAUGAACCGGACACGCAUCGACGGCCGAACGAUCGAUGUACGCCUGUACUAAAAGAGGAGUCGUGGAUCAGUGGACAAUACAAGGUAAUGUUAAUAGACAAGAUCUACUUGCGAGUAGUCACGCUUAAUCAUAACUUAUUGACGCAGCGUGAGAAAACUGGGGGUAUUUGUGUUGUCGUCUGCAGGAUUGUUCCGCUCCCGAUGACAAUACUUGAAAUUCAUCCUAGUUAUGACGUGGCAGAACUUUAGAGAACAGUGAGUGAGGGAGAGAGAGGGGGAGAAGUAUCUAUUCUUCGGAAGAUCAGCAAGUCUUGUUCAAUUAUGGCUACUCCACGUCGAAAUGGUCGUGUCCACUGCUGACGAUCGCCCUCUCCGCACCCCAUCCACCCACCUGCCACCACUACAAGCACCUUCCACUUCCAAGUUCCAUUCUGUUCCUGAAGUCUUUUUAUCUGUCUUUUUCUUGUUGCGAUUUUUCAAUGCGAUAUCGUUUACACCACGCCGCCUUAUGGUUCCUUUUUGCAGUGGAAGUCUUUACUAAUUGUUCGCCUCUUAAAUCGAUCUUUUUUUCUAGUGAUAUCGAGACAUAGUUUAGUUGUUUAGGUAUAGGUUCACAAUGAUCGUUACUGUGUAAGCUAGUAGGUCCCUUUUUUCAGUGUAUAGGUUACUUUAUUGUUUUACAGUAAUUAGCAAAUGUAAUCCGUAAGUUUAUAUCUUAGUCGUCAUGACGAGAGAUCGAUUGGCUGUCCAUCGUUCGCUUUUAAAAAGUGACGCUCUGGUUGUUCCACCAAACAGGGAUAGAGAUUAAUCUAUCGAUCGUUCACGGGAACGCACUUCUACCACGUCGUGAAGAAGACACAAGAAAAUAAGAGAAAAUCAUUGUCCGCUCGAACUGCUGAUUAACGCUCGUGUGUGUCUGUCUUUUUUUGACUCUUAUCGAAAUUACCAAUAGGCGCGCUCGUUACAAAUCUCGCUCUAUGCAGAUCGUGCUAGAGAGCCUAGCUAUUCUCAUCGAAUUCUCGUCGAAUCGCUCGUAUUUUCCAAAGUAACGUGAGGUUUUUUGACAUCGUGACGCUUUUUCAACAACAGGGAACCAACAACAUGCUCCGUCGCGAUAGGAUCUAUUAUUAUUGUUUUUAUUACUUUUUGUUCUUUAAUUUUUUGCAGUAUACUACGCACUGUUCCUUCUAUUGCAUUAUUGUUAUAAGACAGAGCUCGGGAAGUGUAUCUCUUGUCGAGCUCUGUUUUAAAAGAAUUGAACUGUUCUUAGACACGACGAUACACGGAAAUUUGUUAUAGUCGCCGCUUCAGGACGAUCCUCUCUCGAUUCGGUGUGUUUCGUGACUCGGGCGUGCCAACGUCGAAUCAAAUUUACAUCUCUGAAUAGGAAAUUCGGUUAAACUGGCUUUUUUGCGUUCUCCGCGCCGUUUUAAUAUGUUUACCAAAAAGUAAAAUCGUGCUCUCUGCGUCGAACGUAGAUUUUGGUUUUGUCUUUUUUUUUUAUUAUUUUUUUUAUUAACUUUUGUUCGAUAUCGUCCCUGUGCCGCACCCCUCUAUGGGAUAUCCUUUCAUUCCUCAUGGAGGGAUAAAGUCGCACCACCGCUUUCGGUGGACACAAUGGACGUUAUUGUCGUCGCAAUCAGCUCGGUGUUUCCUGGAUGUUAUUUUUUGGUAAACAUAACAGCUCCCCUCUCGCCAUGUAGACGAUUUCGAGGAACAUGUUGCGCAUUGUACAACACACUCUUGUAUAACCACAAUCUCAUGACAGUGAUUGAAUAAAAUUCAGAUUCGUUUUGUGAUUACAUCAAGAAAAAAAGAA